GCCAAUCUACAGCCCGGCCUUCUCGCAAUAAACUCGGGCUUCGCUGCCGCGAACUUCGCAGACUCCGCCCCAUCCCGCCAACUCCAAAGGCUCCGCCCCAUUUCUCCUCGGCCUCCUAAGAGGUGGGGGGGGGAGGGAUAGCGCGUAUCGAAUCAGCUCUGCGCGAAGGUGUCGGGACUCCGCCUGCUGCCCGCAUUCGAGUGAACGUUACCUCUGGGCGACAAGCCAAUCAGAGCCGCCUCCCUCCGCUCCUCGCGAGAGGUGAGGCUGAAGCUGCCUCCGCCAUCUUGGAGAUGGGAGCAGACGGGCGAUGGCUGUGGUCCUGCUAAUGCAAACAAUACAGGCGCACUAAAAGCGCCCUGGAGUGAGCCGGACCUUCUCCGCUCCGCUCUGUCAGCGCCAAAGAGGGGAACGAAGUGUCUAAGUCAGGUGUGCGGUGGCGGCGGCGGCAGCUGCUCCUGCCCGCCCCUACGGCCCCAAGCCGGAAGGAUGGUGCAGUCCUGCUCCGCCUAUGGCUGCAGGAACCGCUACGACAAGGAUAAACCCGUUUCCUUUCACAAGUUUCCUCUUACACGACCUGAUCUUUGUAAAAAAUGGGAAGCUGCAGUCAGAAGAAAAAACUUUAAACCCAGCAAAUACAGCAGUAUUUGUUCAGAACACUUUACUCCAGACUGCUUUAAGAGAGAGUGCAACAAUAAGCUACUGAAGGAGAAUGCUGUACCCACAAUAUUUUGUUUUACGGAACCACAUGACAAGAAUGAGGACCUUCUGGAGCAACAAGAACAGCUCCCGCCCCCUCCUCUAACGCCUCCAGUUUCCCAAGUUGAUGCUGCUCUUGGAUUAUUGAUGCCACCUCUUCACACCCCUAAUAACCUUGCAGUUUUCUGUGACCACAAUUAUACUGUAGAAGAUACAGUGCAUCAAAGGAAAAGGAUUCAGCAGCUUGAAGAACAAGUGGAAAAACUUAGAAAGAAGCUCAAGACUGCACAGCAGCGAUGCAGAAGACAAGAGCGGCAGCUUGAAAAGCUUAAGGAGGUUGUUCAGUUUCAGAAAGAAAAGGAUGCAUUAUCUGGAAGGGGCUAUGUAAUUCUGCCCAAUGACUACUAUGAAAUAGUAGAAGUUCCGGCAUGAAAACAUCCACACACAUUGAUGGGGCAGAAUUAUAAGGCCUCAUCAGAAGAACAGGAGAUUCAUUUGAAAAGUUAAAUAUUUUUAGUUCCUUAUGUAAAAGCACUUCAGGACUUUAAAACAAUAAAAUUGAAAUGUAAUGUUAAAAUGUAAAUUUUUUUGUCCAUAGUAAUUUUAGUUUUUUUACAAUUUGAGAAAUUUUAAAAGUUACAGACUAACCUCAGAGUUGACAUAAGUUUUAAUACCUGUUUUAAGAUAGAGGAUUCGGUUUUUUUCUAUUUUUCAAUAUUUAUAGAAAUAAUGUAAAAUCUGAAGAGAAAAAAAUUUCAUGCAGCAAAAAUUAUGUAAGUAUAAAAUGAAAAAUUAUUGGACUAUGUGGGUUGAAAGAAUUAGUGAUGAUUUAUAUAGAAAAAGUAUGGGUCAAAUCUUGGAACAUACCUUGCCAGCAUAAAUUUGACCAUAUUUUAAAAUUAGAGAGUUUAUUCCUCUCUCUGCUGUUUUUGUAUAAAAGGUUUAGUUGUCUCUGGGAAGAAAAAUAUUAAAAUGUCGAAUUUGACAGUUAAUUUUGUUCUCCAUUCUCUGCAUACUUUUGUUUAAAUUUUUUUUCAUUGUAAUAAUUCAAGAAUUUUUCAACAUUGAUAAUAUUCUAGCUCUUUUGACCAUAAAAUGAAUUUUUUUAAGGAUUCUAUUUCUCCAUGCCUUUACCCCAUUCCUAUUAUAACACAUUUCUUUUUAGGAAACUUAAAAUUUUUUGGCAAGGAAGGGGUAAAGAUGAUAACUAGAUCCAUAGCAUAAUCUUAGAUCAUUUCUCCUCAUCCUUUUUGGGCUGAUUUUUAUAAUGUGUUAAUAGUGCUAAUCAGUAAUAUCAUGUUUCAGGAAAUAGUUCAUCUUUAUAGACUGUAACUAAAAAUUCCCUUAAGUUCCUUUCAAACAGGAAAAAAAUGUUUUUCAAAUUCUCUACUUUAUUAUAACAAUAGUAGAAUUAUAAUAGCUCACUUUUUUAUCUAGCAUUUAAUUUUCUUGGUUAUUAUAAGUGCUAAAUUCUUCAUGUUGAGUCUUAUAAAAAUGAGGGGGAAUAGAUUAAAAGAUAAUCUGAUAAUCUUCAUUCACUUUUUUUUUUUUAUUAAAUGUUAUUUAACCACAAAGAUUCUUAGUAGAACUUUUAAGAACUGAAAUUUGACUUAGAUUUGCCCAUAAAGAAGACUGGUGAAAUAAGACAAGGGCCAUUUCAUGAAAUAAAAGGGAGAUGCAUUCCUGGGCAGCCAGACCAUCAGCAAGUGUUUAUUAAGUACCUGCUAUGUGCCUAGCAUUGUGCUAGUGAUUUAAAAACAAAAAUGAAAUCCCUAUUCUCAAGGAACUUACCUUUUAUUUGGGAAAGAUUUGUAUAUGUCUAAGCAUUUAAGAGAUGCAAUGCAGUAAAAAAUUUGAGAGUCCCUCAGCUUUACUGUCCUUUCCCAGGACUACCCAUCUCCCUAACAGGUAUAUUGUAGUAAUACUCUCUGGCAUUUUAUCUUGCUAUUAGUGAUAGAGCUGGACUGGAUAGGGGUUAGAUCUGUUAUUUCAUUAGUAUAGGGAAUUUGGAAGUUGAGGGAACUACCCAUGUACUUUGGCAUUUUGCCUACAACUUAAAGUUUUAAUUGCCUAGAAUACUGAGAACUUAAAUGAUUUAUCCAGAAUCACACAGCUAGACCAACUCUAUGCACUCUGUUAUACUGCCCAAUUAAAAUAUGGAAAUUACAAGUUCUAAAUGACUUAUAGGCCUAGUCUUUUGGACUUGGAUUCAUGAUGGCUUAAUUUUUCUAAUGAAUCAUCAAAAAAUUAGAAGUAUUAAAAAUUAAUUGUUUGAACGACAUUCUUUUCUGGUAGCUAUUAUUAUUUUUGAAUUGAAAUUAGGAAACUAUCUCUAGCCAUGCUUGGACCUUAGGCUAUUAAUGAAGCAAAAACCAUUACUAAGCAUUAAUUUGCUUUCAUGUGUUUCCCCUCCAUAAUUGUUAAAGAAUUUGGAUGGUAAAUGAUUUACUCUUAUUUUCUUUACAUCAUCAACUUGAGAUUGUGUCUAUGCAAAAAUCUAUCACUGUUUUCAGUCAGUAUUUUCUCUCAAACUUCACUUUAAAUUAGGACUAAGGAUUCAAUUUAAUACAGAGAUUAAAAACCAUAAUGACAUGACAUUUUAUUUUUAACUCUCUUGCCUUAUCAGAUAUAAGUUCCACUUGAAAGUGAACUGAACUAUUAACAUCUAUUUAUCUUUAAAAUCUAUUAAUGUUUUAUUGCAGGAAUUCUUAAUAAUUCUC